GCGGCUCUGUGUCGUGGAGCUGUCCAGCACUUCAGGAGGGGCCGCACUCGCCGCGCCGGGAGCCGCGCCGGGAGGGGCCGGGCCCGACCGGGCCGAGCGGGGCCGGGCCCAGCGGGGCCCAGCGGAGUGGCGCAGGCGGUGGCCGGUGACACCGGGCCGGGCCCGGCGGGGCAGCGGGGACAGGUGCUGCCGGUGGUGAGGCCACCCACGCCAGCAUGGCUCUCUACAACAACGGGGCCGACGUACCUUCAUCCCAGGAAGCCUCCAAUGGCCUCUCGCAGCCCGGUGCCUCGGGGACGUGGCACAAAGGCGAGGAGGAGGCACGUCUGGUGGAGCCCAGCCUGGUGAAGAAGGCUCACCGGGAAAUCCUGGACCAUGAGCGCAAGCGGCGGGUGGAGCUGAAGUGCAUGGAGCUGCAGGAGAUGAUGGAGGAGCAGGGGUACUCUGAAGAGGAGAUCCGGCAGAAAGUGGGGACCUUUCGGCAAAUGCUGAUGGAGAAGGAAGGCGUGCUCACCAGGGAGGACCAGCAUGGGCGCCAAAUUGUGAUAGAAAACCACCACGGUGAGGACGGGGAGGAGUAUGCGGUGGAGUACCCUGAGUACGGCGAGGGCUGCCUGUUGCAGUGUGACUGCUCGGCCGAGUGCUACCGCGAGGACAGGCUGAAGAGACGCUCAAGCAGCUCCACUUCUCCUCCUCCCAAGAAGAAAAAGAAAAAGAAAUCAGGUCACCGCCGGAGCCGCAAAAAGAGGAAACCCGGCUCAGAGCGCAGCUGCGACAGCUCUUCACCCAUCCGCAAGGAGAAGAAAAAGAAGACUGGAAAGAAACACAGACGCGACAGGUCUGAGUCCGGGUCACGGAAGAAGAGAAGACACAGGUCCCGUAGCCCCAAGAACAAACGGAAAGAGAAAAACAAAGAGCGCAAGAGGUCUCGCAGCGAGUCCCCGGCCUGGCGCUCUCACCGGCGCAGCUCCUGCAGCUCCCACAGCGCUUCGCUCUCCUCUGACAACAGUGGCUCCAAAUCCCCCGGCAGGUUAAGCCCCAAGCGCCGGCAGGACGGUCCCAAGGGCAGCAGCGCCCGCUCCAGCCGCAGCCCGUCCUCCCCUUCGCCCUCCCGCUCAGCCUCGCCGCACCAGAACGGGCACAAGGGCAGCGCCCAGAACGGCCGGCACAGCCACGGCACCCCGCUGCCGGAGCCCGUGGAUAGGCCGGCCUCGGUGUCCCCCUCUCCACGGGCUCACAGGACAGACCCGCCGUCCCCCCGUGCCCGGGGGGGCCGACACACUGCCCGCAGCCCCCGCUCGCCCACGCCGGAGCGAGCCAAGCACGGCCACCGGCAUCGCUCCCGCAGCGCCUCGCCGCCACCCCGACACCGUGGCCAGGGCAAGGGGGGCGCCCCGGCACCCCGGGAACCCCCGCCGGCACCGCUCAGCCCCCCCGGCUACAGCAGCGACUCGGAGGGCUCGGGGGGGUCCCACCCGCCGCUCAGCACCGAUAGGAACCACGGUGCCCACGCCAAGAAAGUGAAGGAGAAGCACCAGCGGGGCCGGCCCAACAGCAGCUCGGAGUCGUCGGCCAAGCACUCCCGGCACACCUCGGAGCGGAGGAAGAGCCGGUCGCCCAGCCCCGGCCAGCGCAGCAGCUCCUGGAGCUCCAGCGCGUCCCUCUCCAAAUCCCGCUCCCGCUCCCGGGAGAAGAGAGCGGGACGCAGCUGCUCCCGCUCACCCUCACCCAAAAAAACAGCCAGCAGAGAGAAGGACAAUGAGCCCCGAACACGCCACGGUGACCCCGAUCCCGCCCGUGCCCGGCGCCGCUCCCGGAGCUACUCCCCCAUCAGGAAGAGGAGACGCGACUCCCCCAGCUUCAUGGAGCCCAGGAGGAUCACCAGCGCUCGCAAGCGUCCCAUCCCCUACUACCGCCCCAGCCCCUCGUCCUCCAGCUCGCUGAGCACCUACUCCUACAGCCGCAGCCGCAGCCGCAGCUACGACAGCUACAGCACCAGCCGCAGCCGCAGCCGGACUCGCAGCCCCCCCAGCCGCUCCCGCAGCCCCCCCAGCCGCAGCCCCAGCUACAACAGCCGCAGCAGCUCAGAGAGUGCCGGCUUCUGAGCCGUCCCCCACCGCCCAGCACCCGGCCACAGCCCCCCAGCAUCCCGGCGGUGUGUCCCCAACACCCGGUGCCACCUGCACCCCCAGGAGGGAGGGGUGGAAAAGAGUCGGGGGCUGCUGAGGAUGGACGUGGUGGUGGGGGAAAGCAGGAGCCGAAAAUUCAAAUGGAUCCUUGCAUCGUGCUGGGAGGGGGGCGAUCCGCCCCUGGGGUGUUUUGGGGGUCGGGAUGGGGUAGGGGGAAGAUUUCUUCUUAUUUCCACGAGUGCCGGGUGGGUGGGAUGGGGUGGGCAAGCACAGAGCAAGGGAACAAAUUACUCAGCAGAGACCUUGGGGAGAGCAGCUGGGGACCCCCCAGGAGUGCCCCAUGUUUUUUUGGGUUGGUUUGACUAUUUUAGCACAAGCGUAUCCUUGGGGGUGGGGACAGGAGGGGGCUUCUCCAGCCUGUGCUUAGCCGGAGAACACAAUGGCUCCAGCAGAGGAGUCACCACAUCCCCACGGUGUCCUGGGGGACAGGAGCAACACAAACCAUUUUGAGCCACCCCCAGACCCAAGCACACACCGAGCCAUGGAUGAACAAAACCUGGCACCCAGCAACCCAUCCCAAAUCUCUUCCUGAGCAGGGACAUCUCGGGGGCCACCCCUGCAGGUUAACACUGCUCAUCCCAGCUCAAGAGCCAGCACUGGCUCCCAGCAACCUCACCCAAUUUGGAGGGGACCAAGCUGUCACCCCCAGGACAAGGGAGCUGCAGUGAUGAGGGGUGGGUUGGGGAUUUUCCACCCGUGUGGCUGCAUCCAGCCAUCCUCUGGCUUUGGCAUGUCAUACCCCACUUUUGGAAGGUCGUACCCCACCUUUGGGAGGUCAUACGCCAUAUUUGGGAUGUACUACCCCACCUUUGGGCUCACAGCCCUCAGCCACCUCCUGUUAUGGGGCUGAGCAGUGACUUUUAAAACUUAAUUACAGAAAGAGAGAGGCAGGAGGGUCCCCGGCUUUUCCGGCAGCCCCACUUUUGUAGGACUUCGCUGAUUUAAAAAAGCAAACCUCCUCCCUGGACACCGAUGACAGUCCUGACCCUGGGGCUGUUGGUGUUUAAUCCUCUCGGGCCCCAUGUUCUCCGUUUGGCUGGAGCAGGACGAUGGGGAUGAGCCUCCUGGGCUGGGACAGCAGCUGCCUGGAUUAACGCGCUGCCCCUGGAUGAAAAGCCGGGCUUUGGCAGUCGCGCUUGACACUGGUUUCCAGCCAGCUGGGACUGGGGAGGGUCCUUUGGACCCCAGCUUGGCUGGUAACGCGACAGCCUCAUCAGUUAUUGGCCUGGUGAGGUCCUGGGAGGGCAGAGAUGUGGGGCACUGUGGGGUCGUCACCCAAACCCAGCACGUCAAGAAACCAGGCUGAGGAGUCACCAGCCCUUGGAGAAACAUCUCCAGGAGCUGGGUCAUGCUGGGUGCCAGCCCCUGGGUAUCCUGCUGGCAAAAACAACCCUGCUCUGCUGGCAAAACCGCCAGGACAAGCUGAUCUGUUAGAAACAGGGUGACCAGGUAAGCAGGGGACAUGCUGGUGGCUCUUCGUGGCUCAACUUGUCCCCACGUGCCAGCCCUGGGCAGGGUGGCAGCUCUGGAUGUGACCAUGGCAGGAGGAGGAGAUGAAGGUGCUCCCCUGAACCUGGGGAGAUGAAGGGCAUAAGUGUCCCCAGUGUCCCUACAAACCCCUGAGCCACACGUUCCAAAAACCAUCCCUCAACUCCAGCAGCAUCCCCAUGGUCCCCGGCCCCCCCAUCACCCCCUGGAGAAGCUCAGACUGGCCGUGGGAGCCCCAAAACCCUGCUGGGAGAGGGGCUGGUUCCCUGAAAACAUCCCCAUUCAAGCCACCAGCUGGUGGGGGGUAUUUUGCCAGUGGCCCCAGCCCUGCAGCCCCCCCGGGGCUGUGGCUCCUGAAAUCUCGAGACCCGACUGCAGCGCGGACCAGCCAGCACAUCAGGGAAAAUGUCCAGUCUUCCUCUUUUACAGUCUCUGUCUCCUGCCGCGGAGGGAGCCAACUGGAACAAAUACUCUGUAGAAAUACUUCAGUAUUUUCCUGUCGCGCGUGCGCCCUCUCUUUUUUUCUUUUUUUCUUUUUUUUUUUCUUUUUCUUUUUUUUCCUGGGUUGUGAGUACAGCUGUAGAUUCAGUGAGCUGGUUCAAUUAUAAUAAAAUAUACAGUAUAUAUUGUAAAUGA